GUACUGAAUUGUGGGUGGUGGAACAAGCAUGGCAAGCUGGUGACGUGCUCAUGCUGGAAGCAUGUGGAUAGCACAGCUGUAAGAUCGGCAGUGGCGUGGAGAUAUUGAGUGACACAUCUGUCAAUUGGAUUGAGAACGUGAAAAUAAUUUAUUAGUGUUGGAUUGUCGCAUUUUAAAAAAGAUCAAGGUCAAAUUAAUAUCGUUCAAAAUGGCAAUUAAUCUGUUAGCCAGCCGGUCCGAUCCUCCUUUGGCUGCACUUGUUGUGGCCAACAUGGUGAGAAGUAGUGUAUGUGUGUCUGUCAAGUGGGGCACAAGGAAUGCGCUUGAAUUGCCGGGAGCUACAAUUGAUUCACCUCUUAAUAUCUGCCGUUACCUGGCAAGAACUUUACAGAAUGAUUCUUUUUAUGGUUCAGAUGCACUUCAAAGGACAGAAAUUGAUCACUGGCUCAUGUUUAGCAUUGGUCCAUUAUCUUCAAAUGGUGAAUUUUCUUCAGCUGUUGAGUAUUUGAAUCAAGUUCUUGGUCCUGCAACUUAUCUUGUAGGAAAUCAUCUUACUUUGGCUGAUAUCUAUGUGUGGAGCACUUUGCACAAAUCCAGUAAUUGGAUCAACCUCCUUCGAUCUUCUAAGGCUCUAGUAAAUGCUACUAGAUGGUAUAAUUUUAUCAGUUCUUUGGACAUUGUGACAGCAUUGAUGUCGUCUCUGCCUGACGUUGUCUCAAGUGCUAUUUCUGUAUCAAGUGUAACAGAAAAAGGAAACAAAGAUACAGCUAAACCAAAGGAUGAAGGGAAGUUUGUUGAACUUCCUGGUGCUGAGAAAGGAAAAGUUGUUGUGAGAUUUCCUCCUGAGGCUAGUGGGUAUCUGCACAUUGGACAUGCCAAAGCAGCUUUACUGAACCAGUAUUACAAAGAUGCAUAUGAGGGAAAAUUGAUCAUGAGGUUUGAUGAUACCAAUCCAGCAAAAGAAAAAAUUGAUUUUGAGAAAGUUAUUUUAGAAGAUCUCAAGCUUCUCAAACUCACUCCAGAUUCAUACACUCACACUUCAAAUUAUUUUGAAUUAAUGCUAGAAUUGUGUGAGAAGCUGUUGCACCAGGGUUUGGCCUAUGUUGAUGACACAGAUGCUGAGACCAUGAAACAAGAGCGUGAACAGCGCAUUGAAUCAAAGAAUAGGAACAAUUGUGAGUAUGCUAGCUGUGGAGAAGAAUUUGAAAAUGUGGGCUGAAAUGAAAGAAGGUUCUGAAUCAGGACAAAAGUGCUGUGUUCGUGCAAAAAUAGAUAUGAAUUCUGCCAACGGAUGCAUGCGUGAUCCUACAAUAUAUCGAUGCAAGAAUGAGCCACAUCCGAGGACUGGAACCAAGUACAAAGUAUAUCCAACAUAUGAUUUUGCCUGCCCAAUUGUGGAUAGUAUUGAAGGCGUGACUCAUUGUUUGCGUACCAUGGAGUAUCACGAUAGAGAUGAACAGUUUUUCUGGUUCAUUGAGGCUCUUGGAUUGCGCAAGCCACAUAUUUGGGAGUACAGUAGACUCAAUAUGAUGAAUACUGUUCUUUCUAAAAGAAAGCUGACAUGGUUUGUGGAUGAAGGCUUAGUGGAUGGGUGGGAUGAUCCUCGUUUUCCGACAGUUCGUGGAGUAUUACGCCGUGGUAUGACUGUUGAGGGUUUGAAACAAUUUAUUGUUGCUCAAGGUUCUUCCCGAUCUGUUGUUUUGAUGGAAUGGGAUAAGAUUUGGGCAUUCAAUAAGAAAGUAAUUGAUCCUGUGGCACCACGAUACACAUCAUUAUCCACAGAUAAUGUGCCUGUUCUUGUGAAGAAAGUAACUGCUCAAGCAGUUAAUGUUCCCAAACAUCCCAAGACUUCAAGUGUUGGUGAGAAAACUAUUUGGAUUGGUCCCCGUGUCCUUAUUGAUAGGGAAGAUGCAGAAACAUUGAAAGAAGGUGAAAAUGCUACUUUCAUCAACUGGGGAAAUUUGCUUGUGGAGAAGAUAAACAGGAAAGACGGCAAAAUUACAUCUAUAGAAGCUUCACCAAAUAUUGAAAACCAAGAUUACAAGAAGACUGUGAAACUUACAUGGCUUGCUGAAACAGAUCAGGCACCCUUUGUUCCUUGUGUUUGUGUGUAUUUUGACCACAUUAUUAGUAAGUCAGUUCUUGGUAAAGAUGAAGAUUUCAAAGAUUAUGUGAACAAAAACACUAGAAAAGAAGUUUUUAUGUUGGGUGAUCCAGAGCUUCUAAAAGUAAAGAAAUCUGAUAUUAUCCAGCUCCAGAGACGUGGCUUUUUUAUUUGUGACACAGAAUAUGCUCCACCAAGUCUUCAUUGUGGUCGUGAAACUCCAAUUGUUGCUGUUCUUCAUUCCUGAUGGACGAACAAAAGAAAUGGCUACAUCAGGGAGCUCCAAGAGACCCACGCCUCCUGACGACGACUACUACUACUACUCCAUCAAAGACACCUGCCAAAACAGCGUCUGCGGCCUCCGUGCCAGCUGCCUCUCCUGUCCAAGCUCCACACGUGAGCUCUGGGGAUCCUGCAGGCAUCAACCAGAAGAUCCAGGCUCAGGGAGAUCUUGUUCGCAAGCUGAAGUCUGAGAAGGCUGAUAAAGAAACUGUUACCAAAGAAGUAAAUGUACUUCUCAAGUUGAAGGCUGAUUUCAAAGCCAUAACUGGCAUUGAUUGGAAGCCAGGUGUGCAGGCGCCAGUUUCCUCUUCUGUCAAAGCUUCACAAGCUGUGAGCUCUGGGGAUGCUGCAGAUAUCAACCAGAAGAUCCAGGCUCAGGGAGAUCUUGUUCGCAAGCUGAAGAGUGAGAAAGCAGAUAAAGAAACUGUUACUAAGGAAGUAAAUGUGCUUCUCAAGUUGAAGGCUGAUUUCAAAGCUGUAACUGGCAUUGAUUGGAAGCCAGGUGUGCAAGUGCCUAAAACACCUAUUGCAGAGGCUCUGAUAAAAGUUGUUCAAGAAAUCAAGACUGAACCUGCUGAAUCUCCUGAAGCUUUGCACAAUAAGAUUGUACAACAAGGUGACAAAGUACGUCAGUUAAAAUCUCAGAAAGCUACCAAGGAUGUAAUUGAUGCUGAAGUCAAAGCAUUACUAAGUUUGAAAGCAGAUUUCAAAGCUGCCACUGGUCUUGAUUGGAAACCUGGAAUGAAUGUACCUUCAGGCGAUGCAAAACAAUCUUCUGAUUUGGUUGAUAGUUUGAAUAAGAAAAUCGUGGAGCAAGGGGACAAAGUUAGGAAUCUAAAAGCACAGAAAGCUUCGAAGGACAUUAUUGAUGCUGAAGUAAAAACCUUGUUGAGUUUGAAAGCUGAAUUUAAACAAACUAGUGGCCAAGAGUGGAAGCCAAAUACUGUAACUAGUAAUCAAGCAGCUUCACGUUCAUCUCCACCAAAAACUCAGUCUACUGCAAACAUGGCACCUACUCAAAAAGGACUGAUUGGGGAAAUUAUAUCUCAGGUUUCAAAGAUUCAAGAAUUAAAAUCCAAAAAAGCUUCAGAAAGUGUUCUUGCCACAGAGAACAAAUCAUUGUUAAAUCUUAAGACUGAAUUUAAAAAUAUAACCAAUCAAGAGUGGGAUAGCAGCACAGAUGCAGCCCAAUCAUUUUCUGCAAUAGUAGCUGCACAAGGUGACAGUGUUCGCCAGUUAAAGAGUGCAGGAUCAAAUGCGGCACUUGUAGAUGAGCAGGUUAAGAAAUUAUUGAAGUUAAAAGCAGAUUUCAAAACUCUCACUGGUGAGGAUUAUGCUCCAGCAGGUUCAAAUGCUGUUAGAUCAAAACCAGAAAAGAAAAAAGCAGCACCCCAAAAAGCAAAAGAGAAGCCAGCAAGCACUACCUCAGCAAAGAAAGUUGAAGAUAAAAAACAAACAAGAUUAGGACUGGAAGCUACUAAAGAAGAAAAUCUUCCUGAAUGGUAUUCUCAGGUUUUAACUAAAGGUGAACUAAUUGAAUAUUAUGAUGUAAGUGGCUGCUAUAUUUAUCGACCUUGGUCAUUUGCUAUAUGGGAGACAAUCAAGGAUUUCUUUGAUCGUGAGAUAAAGAAGUUAGGUGUUCAGAAUUGUUACUUUCCUCUUUUUGUGUCUCGUUCAGUGUUGGAGACAGAGAAAACCCAUGUUGCUGACUUUUUCCCAGAGGUUGCAUGGGUUACUAAAUCUGGUGACACUGAUAUGGCGGAACCUAUUGCUAUUCGUCCAACAAGUGAGACUGUUAUGUACCCUGCUUAUGCAAAGUGGGUGCAAUCAUACAGAGAUCUACCUAUUAAACUAAAUCAAUGGAACAAUGUUGUGCGUUGGGAAUUCAAGCAUCCCCAGCCAUUCCUCAGAACACGUGAAUUUCUUUGGCAGGAAGGUCAUACAGCAUAUGCUUCUUGUGAAGAGGCUGAAAAAGAAGUGACAACUAUUUUGGAUCUGUAUGCCCAAGUGUACACUGACCUCUUAGCAAUUCCGGUAAUUAAAGGCAGAAAGACAGAAAAAGAACAAUUUGCUGGGGGAGUUUAUACCACCACUGUGGAAGCAUUUAUUUCAGCCAGUGGACGUGCAAUUCAAGGUGCUACUUCUCAUCACCUGGGUCAGAAUUUUUCAAAAAUGUUUGAAAUUACAUAUGAAGAUCCAGAUACUAAAGAAAAGAAGUUUGUGUACCAGAAUUCAUGGGGCAUCACAACAAGAACUAUUGGAGUAAUGAUCAUGAUACAUGCUGAUAAUCAAGGUUUGGUGUUACCUCCUAGAGUUGCUUGCAUUCAGGUGGUAAUUGUUCCCUGUGGCAUAACUGUUGCAUCAACAGAUGAAGAACGAUCAUCACUACAGUCGGCUUGCACUGAUCUUGAAAAUGAAAUUAAAGCAAGUGGGUUGCGAGUGUAUGGAGAUUAUCGUGAUAAUUAUUCUCCUGGCUGGCGUUACAAUCAUUGGGAAUUGAAGGGUGUGCCAAUUAGAGUGGAAUAUGGUCCCAAAGAUCUUGCCAAGCAGCAAAUUGUAGCAGUAAGAAGAGAUACUGGAGAAAAAAUAACAUUUUCACGUAAAUCUGCUGUAAAAGAUAUUAUCAGUCUUCUUGACACAAUUCAAAGUGCCCUACUUGACCGUGCUCAAAAGGAGUUGACUUCACAUACUGUACUAAGUACCAAAUGGGAUGAAUUCUGCCAGAAGCUCGAUGAAAAGAAUAUUAUUUUGUCUCCUUUCUGUGGAGAUAUUAAAUGCGAGGAGCAAAUAAAGAAGGAUAGUGCUAGGAAUGAUGAUGCUGAACCUGGUGCUCCAUCAAUGGGGGCCAAAGGUUUGUGCAUCCCCUUUGAACAACCUGCUGCCAUCACCCCAUCUGAUAAAUGCAUCUUCCCAUCAUGCAAGAACAAACCUAAGUAUUAUACUUUGUUCGGUCGCAGUUAUUGAAAUUGCUUUGUUCCAUAAAAUUCAUUGCUAUGAUAUUAUAAAUUUUUGUUUUAUGUAACAUGCAGUUCUGUCAUUUUACAAAGUUGAAAUAAAUUUCCUUUUGGCCUU